AUGCAAAGUUACCUUUCAACUCUGAAAUUUAUUAAAAACUUUUGUUACAAAGAACCAAAUUCUACUUAUCAACAUUUCUCAAAUAGUAAAUGGAAAAAAUACAAAAAAGACAAAAAUAUUGAAGAAAUAAUCAGAGAUUUUUUUAAUAUACCAGCUCCUAUACAAGGGUUUCCUAUUUUAUACACAAAAUAUUCAACACAAAUAGUCAAUAAUUCAUAUGCAGAUAUAGUAGGUAUAACAAAUACAACAGUUUUAUUACCACUUUAA